GCGAGCCCAACCAGUCGUGAGUCCGGCCUUAACCGCCAUGGGUCGCUCGUUGCACUCGUUCACCGCGUACGCGCGCCCUUACGUAGCAAAAAACGCCAGAUAUGCAACCACAGGAUGCCCUUUCUCAAAACGCCAGAGGUCCCAAAUUGCCCCGACGGCCGAAUUGAACGAAGAGAUCUUCGCUAACGCCAAACCUUACUCUGAAGUCCCGGGACCUAAGCCUAUUCCUCUCUUGGGCAAUACAUGGAGAAUGGUCCCUGUUAUAGGACAAUUCGAUAUAUCGGAAUUCGCUAAAGUGACGAAGAUGUUUAUGGACAAAUACGGGAGGAUUGUCCGUUUGGGAGGACUCAUCGGGAGACCGGAUUUGCUCUUUGUUUACGAUGCCGACGAAAUUGAAAGAAUGUAUAGGCGCGAAGGGCCUACGCCCUUUAGACCAUCAAUGCCCUGUUUGGUGAAAUACAAAUCUGAAGUGAGGAAGGAGUUCUUCGGAGAUUUGCCAGGAGUUGUAGGAGUCCACGGAGAGCAAUGGCGGAAAUUCCGCUCGAAGGUCCAGCGUCCCAUACUCCAGCCGCAGACCGUGAAGAAAUAUGUUACCCCGAUCGAAAUGGUCACCGAAGAUUUUAUAAAGUAUAUGGAGGAUGCAAGAGACGAGAACGGGGAUCUACCUCAUGAGUUCGACAACGACAUUCAUCGGUGGUCACUCGAAUGUAUCGGCCGCGUAGCUCUAGACGUGCGACUUGGUUGUCUUACAAGCAAAGUGUCCAAUGACUCCGAGCCGCAGCGUAUCAUCGACGCAGCCAAAUUUGCGCUGAGGAAUGUGGCUGUGUUGGAAUUGAAGGCGCCAUACUGGAGGUACAUCCCGACGCCGCUGUGGACCAAAUAUGUGAACAAUAUGAACUUCUUUGUGGAGCUGUGUACACGCUAUAUAAAUGAAGCCCUAGAGAGACUUAAGACCAAGAAGGUGACAUCUGAUAACGACCUCUCAUUGCUGGAGCGAGUACUGAAAAGUGAAGGGGAUCCUAAGAUAGCUACCGUUAUGGCUCUCGACCUGAUUCUAGUUGGAAUUGAUACGAUAUCAAUGGCAGUGUGCUCCAUACUGUACCAAGCUUCAAUCCGUCUGAAGCAGCAAGAGAAGAUGGCGGAGGAGAUCAGACGAGUGCUGCCAGACCCUAGCAAACCUUUGACUUAUGCUGAUCUAGACAAACUGCAGUAUACGAAGGCUUUCGUUAGGGAAGUGUUCAGGAUGUAUUCUACAGUAAUCGGAAAUGGACGUACCCUUCAAGAAGACGACGUUAUCUGCGGCUAUCAUAUUCCGAAAGGGGUUCAAGUGGUGUUCCCGACGAUCGUGACGGGCAACAUGGAGGAAUUCGUGUCUAAUCCUGAGGAGUUCAAGCCGGAGAGGUGGCUGGAGUCCGGCGGGAAGCUGCAUCCCUUUGCGUCUCUUCCUUACGGUUUCGGUGCCAGGAUCUGCUUGGGGAGACGAUUCGCUGAUUUGGAAAUACAAGUGCUUCUGGCUAAGUUGCUCCGAAGAUAUCGGUUGGAAUACCAUCACGAGCCCCUGGACUACGCGGUCACCUUCAUGUACGCGCCCGACGGCCCCCUGCGCCUGCGCAUGAUUGAACGAUAAACUUUAACACGCAGCGUUUUAUUUUAGUUUUAAUUCAUAUUAAAAGGCUAUUCACGAAUUACAUUUUGAGGAUACCCCACUGAUACUUUUACAUUUAUCGCCUUUUAAAGACAAUGCAGAAAUUAACUUUAUCGUAACGUUUGAUGCGAAUUUUUCGUUCAUGAAUCUAACUAGUGCAAUUUCGGUGAAGCAUGCAAUAUACAACAUAUACAUAUAUAAUACAUACAUUCGUUUAAGUUAUUUUAUACUUAAUUCAAUAAUGUUUAUGUAUCUGCGAGUGUAUGUAUUGAUGAUUAUAUACGAGUACCUGAAUUGUUGUUACAUUGAAUAUUUCAAUUUCUAUGGUGCCUUCGAUUCGAUUUAGUCAUACUCGUAAAUAAUGUGAAUUUUUAUAUGAUGAUGAAGAAAGAAAGGCGUAAAGUGACCUAACUUUUGGCUCAAAAUAAAACACAUCUCUGUUUAGAGGUUUAUGGAAGAAAUUUGUUUAAAAAACAAUACAGAAUGCUAACAAAAUUCAAUCUCAGUUUAUUUUUCCAUGUCUGCAUUAGUUUUGUUUUUUUUUUAAGAUAUCUACAAUUAGAGAUAAAUACUUUGUUAUAAACAAAUUGUUGUAUCAUUCGCUCUCUCAUAUAAGUACUUAGAUAAUAUCUAGAUUAUAUUAUAUAGCAUUAUGUAAAAAAAUGUACCAAUUUUAGAUAAUGAAUUUACAAAUAAUCAUAUUCCAUUUAUUUGUUGUUCAUUAUCAUUAUAUUAUUUAUUUAACUGUUAUCGCACCCCGUACACAAAUUUCAGUUUGGUCCAAAGAAAGGUUCGACUAGCAGAGAAUGCCUUACGGCAUAACGUCCACCGGUUGUUCAUUUCACGUGCUUUCAAUUUAAAUAAAUAAAUUAUAAAAUUUAACAUUUAACAAUAGCAAUAAAUAACAAAUGUUAUGCCAAUUGUAAGGUAAAAUGUAAAUAAAUAAAUAUAUGAUU